GGAAAAGAUACUCUUUAAAGAAGCAAACAACCUUCUAUACAAUAUUGUUGUAAACCACACUCAAGUAAAAAUAAUAAACCCCCAAAAUGUCUUCUGAUCCCCUCGAUGACGUCUUCACUCUUGAAGACCGUUUCUACACCCAAGGCUACAACCAAGGCGUCGAAGAUGGUGCCCGCGCAGGAAGAAUAGAAGGCCGCUCAUUCGGCAUGGAAAAGGGGUUCGAAAAGUUCCUCGAGAGCGGCCGUCUCGCCGGCAAGACUCUCGUCUGGGCAAACAGACUUCCCAAGAACACAGCCCAACAGGCCAACUCCUCGGAAAAGAACACAGACCAGCAGACCAACUCCUUGGAAAAGAGCUCAGAAACAUGCACGCUGCCGCCGCUGCCGAGCAAUCCCCGGCUAAAAAAGAAUGUCAAGCUCGCGUAUGCUUUGGUCGAGCCAGAGACAUUAUCUACGGACAACAGCGAUGAGGCUGUGCAGGAUUUUGAUGAUCGGGUUAAGAGGGCGCAGGGAAAGGUCAAGAUCAUCGAGAGAAUGUUGAAUUGAGAUGGUGAUGGUGAUCUCACUGAGACGGAGGUUUCAUAUCUGUGUUGAUGCUCUGCAAAAGGGUGAGAGCGUCACCGUACACAUUAUUAUACACAUAAACCGGCGCAGAGGCAUAGAAUUUUCAGCAUUCGUGGAGUUAUGGCGUCAGAGUUGGGAAUAUCAGAGGAACUGUAGGAGUUUAUAGGAAACAAAAAUGGGAAAUUCUAAUCUUUCUUCAUCUUAACUGUAUUUACACAAGUCGACCCUAUUGCCCGUCUUAUUUGAACGUCCUAGUAGGAUAGCCUUCACCAUAUGUCUGAUCCUCAUUGAGCUCGUACUUGUGCACAUCCCAUCCU